UGGCUCCUUGGAUGGCUUGAGAUCUUCUUCUUUAACAUGUGAUUUGUUCGGUCGAAAUUAUGGUUGUAGCUGGGGUCCCAUCGUGUCCCCUAAAUUUUAUCCACUCACAAUUUCACACAAACUAUACUUAAAUUGCAUCAAUAAGAUUGUUAUACUAUGCUUGUGGUAUUGCAGUUUAUUGGAGGAAGGGGACACAAUAUUGACCUUUGAAGGAGACAAGAGAAAGUGUUCUAUGAAAAUAGUUCUUAAAGUUCAUAAUCCCCAGUUUUAUUGGAAGAUUAUGACACGGGCUGAUUUAGGCCUUGCUGAUGCAUAUAUUGAUGGGGAUAUUUCUUUCACCGAUGAAAAUGAAGGUCUUCUAAACCUCUUUUUGAUUCUUAUUGCCAGCAGAGAGUCAAAGUCCUCUAUCUUGAAAUUGAAUAAGAGAAGGGGUUGGUGGACACCAUUGAUAUUUACGGCUGCUAUAGGAUCUGCAAGCUAUUUUUUGAAGCAUUUUUCAAGGCAAAAUACUCUUACACAGGCACGCAGGAACAUCUCUCGUCAUUAUGAGCUGAGUAAUGAACUUUUUGCUCUGUUCCUGGACGAAACAAUGACAUACUCCACCGCUGUAUUUAAGAAGGAAGAUGAGGACUUAAAGGUUGCGCAGCUGAGAAAAAUGUCUACUUUAAUUGGAAAGGCAAGAAUUAAUGAGAGGCAUGAAGUUCUUGAUAUUGGGUGUGGCUGGGGAAGCUUUGCUAUUGAAGUUGUCAAUCGAACUGGAUGCAAAUACACUGGCAUCACUUUGUCUAAUGAGCAACUAAAACUUGCGGAAAAGAAAGUGAAAGAUGCUGGCCUUCAGGACCGCAUUAAGUUUCUUCUUUGUGAUUACCGCCAAUUGCCAGAUUCCUACAAAUAUGACAGAAUUAUAUCCUGGAUUGAACUGCAAAACGUUUGA